AUUAAUGGAGAUGGAUAAAGAGAAGGGUGAAGAGAAAAAGAGUUCGAAGUUCAGUAGGAUUUGUGUGUUUUGUGGAAGUAGUUCAGGGAAGAAAGUUAGUUAUCAAGAUGCAGCUGUGGAGCUUGGAAAGGAGUUGGUGGAGAGAGGUAUAGAUUUGGUGUAUGGAGGUGGUAGCAUUGGUUUGAUGGGUCUUGUCUCUCAAGCUGUACAUCAUGGUGGUCGCCAUGUCCUAGGUGUUAUUCCAAGAUCUUUGAUGUCAAGAGAGGUAACUGGUGAGACAGUGGGAGAAGUUAGAGCAGUAUCAGAUAUGCAUGAAAGGAAGGCAGUGAUGGCCAGCCAGGCUGAUGCUUUCAUUGCUCUUCCUGGUGGUUAUGGGACCCUUGAAGAACUUCUUGAAGUCAUUACUUGGGCUCAACUUGGAAUUCACAAUAAACCAGUUGGUCUCUUAAAUGUUGAUGGAUAUUAUGAUUCAUUGUUAUCAUUCAUAGACAUGGCUGUUGAUGAAGGCUUCAUAUCUGAAGCUGCUCGCCAUAUCAUUGUCUCUGCUCCAUCCCCCAAAGAAUUACUCAUCAAAUUAGAGGAGUACACAGCUGUUCAUUCAUCCAAUUUGAUUUGGGAGGUUGAGCAAAUUGACUAUGUUCCUUCCAUGUAUGACAUUAGCUUUGCCAUAUAAAGCUAAUUGCAAAUAAUAAUAAUAAUACCCAAUAAAUGGAUU